CGAAGUAGAAACGACAGAGACAGAAUGAACAACUCAGACAGAGACAGAGACACUUACGGCGGUAGAGGUCAAAGGUCAGACAAUCCACUCUCUGGUGCUCCCCCGGCCGAUAUACCGGAUGACAGUUGGACCAGAGGACAGGACUUCAGAAAACCAACCAGCGACCGGGCAUCUUAUCAAGACAGAGGAGGUCGCGACAACUUCGACCGGGACGGUGGUGGUGGUGGGGGAGGCAGUGACAGCAACAGAUAUGUCCCCCCAAUCAGACGGGGAGGAGACAGAGACACUGCAGCCAAUCACAACAGUAGCAACAAUAACACCUCUUCCUCAGCCUACAGACCCCCAGCAUUGUCUAAUUAUUCCAACGACAGGUAUUCCAAUGACCGUGACAACAGAAACAACUCAUCUCGGUUCGACAGCUCUCGCAACAACUACGACAGCAGGGACUCCCGAGGAGGGGGCGGCGGCUACGAGAGAUACGACAGAAGAGUACCUGAAGAUCCUGCAAGAUACAAUGACAGUUAUGACAGUCGAAGACGGGGCCAUAACUCAGGCGAUAACUCGGACAGAUAUUACAACGACAGCAGCAGUGCUCCACGGAACAACAGGAACGGAGAUGUAUAUGGGAGUGGAUACGAAAGCAGAAACAGAAGAGAACGAGGCGACAGUUUUAGAUCAGAUUACGACCAGGAAUCCUCGCGGAGAGAUGAUAGGUACUACGAUGAUCGAGCCCCUCCCGCGCCUCGCGAUGGAAACUACCGUGACGCAAGUCCCCCACCGAUGCGAAGUGGAAAAUCGAAUGAAAAUCUAAUGAACAGAUCUGCAGAGCUCAACGACAUUGAAGCACCUGCGCCUCCGACUCGGGAAAGAAACGACGAUGAUUAUUAUGAUAGAAGCGUUGAUAAUUAUACGAGUGGUGGACCCU